UGUUUGCUCUGAUUGGCCAGUGUCAGUACCAGCGCGCCCUCUUUUACAGCCCCUGCUCCCCAGCUCUGAGGCUCCCUAGCUGGGUCCAAAGAUCACUUUCGCUCCUGUGUUUGCUCAGGCCUGGUGCCAUUAGACCAGGGCUAUCCCUUCUCUUCCUGUAGCUGCUUGAACCCCCCAUGCUCAGCCUCUAACACCCCAGCUCCAGGAUUCUCCCUGCCUGCCUGCCACCCUGCCUGCCUGCCCGCCCCUGGGGCGCCAAGAGAAACUCUUCGUGUGGGUCCAAGGUGGAUAGAGCUGAACCAACACCUUGGUUUCCUGGAGGGGAGGGUGAAGAGGGAGAAGACGGAGGUGCAGUCGGGGCUCAGUGCUCCCAGUCCCUCACCCCUUCUUUUGAACUUGGCCGGCUGGUUGUUUACCUGUGUACCUGUGGGACGGGGAUAUCACUUUCUUUUACCUCAGGUGUGAUGAAGCACAGUUGACCUGGAGAUGGGCUCUCUGUUGUCAUCGAUUGGGCUGGACUGUGGCCAGGACAAGGACCCAGAGGAGGAGAGACGCCUGAAGGCUAACGACCGACCGUUUAACCUGUCGUACAAGUAUGCUAAUAAUGCCAUCAAAACGUCCAAAUACAACAUCUUCACCUUCCUGCCUCUCAACCUGUUCGAGCAGAUCCAAAGGCUGGCCAACGCCUACUUCCUGUUCCUGCUCUGUCUCCAGCUCAUCCCAGAGAUCUCCUCCCUGUCCUGGUUUACCACAGUAGUUCCUCUCCUGCUGGUACUCUCCAUGACAGCGGCCAAGGACGGUUCAGAUGACUUUAACAGACACAAGAGUGACCGUCAAGUCAACAACAGGAAGGUGAACGUUCUCAUAGACGGAGAGCUGAGGAGUGAGAAGUGGAGGGAUGUUCAAGUUGGUGACAUCAUCAAGCUGGAGAACAAUCAGUUUGUGACGGCUGAUCUCCUGCUGCUGUCCAGCAGCGAGCCGCUCAAUCUGGUCUACAUAGAGACGGCCGAACUAGACGGGGAGACCAACCUGAAGGUGAAACAGGCCCUGACAGUGACCGGCGAACUGGGAGACGACAUCCAGAAACUGGCCAAAUUCACCGGCGAGGUGCACUGUGAGGCCCCGAACAACCGUCUGGACCGGUUCACGGGCACUCUAAGCCUGGAGGGGGAGACCCACUCCCUGGACAACGAGAGGGUCCUGCUGCGAGGCUGCACCCUGAGGAACACAGAGUGGUGCUUCGGCCUGGUGGUGUUUGGAGGCCCUGACACCAAGCUGAUGCAGAACUGUGGGAGAGCCACGUUCAAACGGACCAGCAUCGACCACCUCAUGAACGUGCUGGUGCUGGGUAUCUUUGGCUUCCUGGCGUUCAUGUGCGCGAUCCUGGCGGUGGGGAACGGUAUCUGGGAGCACCAGGAGGGCUCUGUGUUCUCUGCCUUCCUCCCCCGGCUGGAUGGUGUCAACGCUGCCUUCUCUGGCUUCCUCACCUUCUGGUCCUACGUCAUCAUCCUCAACACCGUGGUGCCCAUCUCGCUCUACGUCAGCGUGGAGAUCAUUCGGCUGGGGAACAGCUUCUACAUCAACUGGGACAGGAAGAUGUACUACCCCAAGAAUGACACCCCUGCGGAGGCCAGGACCACCACGCUGAACGAGGAGCUGGGCCAGAUCAAGUACAUCUUCUCAGACAAGACGGGCACGCUCACCCAGAACAUCAUGACCUUCAACAAGUGCUCCAUCAAUGGGAAGAGUUACGGGGAGCUGUUUGACUUUGCUGGACAGAGAGUGGAGAUCACUGAGAAGACAGAGAGAGUUGACUUCUCCUGGAACAAGCUAGCCGACCCCAAGUUCCACUUCCACGACCACAACCUGGUGGAGGCGGUGAGGGAGGGCUCUCCUGAAGCCCAGGUCUUCUUCCGUCUGCUGGCUCUCUGUCACACUGUCAUGGCCGAGGAGAAGAAGGAGGGAGAGUUGUUCUAUCAGGCCCAGUCCCCAGAUGAGGGGGCUCUGGUCACGGCAGCCAGGAACUUCGGCUUCGUGUUCCGUUCCCGUACGCCGGAGACGAUCGUGGCGAUGGAGAUGGGCUCCCAAGUCACCUACGAGCUGCUGGCUGUGCUCGACUUCAACAACGUCCGCAAGAGGAUGUCCGUCAUCGUCCGCAGCCCGGAGGGGAAGCUCACCCUGUUCUGCAAGGGGGCCGACACCAUCAUCUACGAGAGACUCCACCCCUUCUGUAACAAGCUGAUGGAGGUCACCACCGGACACCUCAACGAGUAUGCGGGGGAGGGCUUACGUACACUGGUGCUGGCCUAUAAGGACCUGGACGGUGCCUACAUGGAGGAGUGGAGAAGACGCCACCAUGAGGCCAGCGUGGCCAUGGACCAGAGAGAGGAGAAGCUGGAUCUACUCUACGAGGAGAUCGAGAAGGACCUGCUGCUUUUAGGAGCCACUGCAGUAGAAGACAAGCUACAGGACGGGGUACCCCAGACGAUAGAGCAGCUGUCUAAAGCAGACAUCAAAAUCUGGGUGCUGACUGGAGAUAAGCAGGAGACGGCGGAGAACAUCGGGUACUCCUGCAACAUGCUGAGGGAGGAGAUGAAGGAGGUGUUUGUGGUCGCGGCCAACACGGCCGAGGAAGUCAAAGAGGAGCUGCAGAGCGCCCGGAGGAGGAUGUGCCCAGAGGGCUCGGAGGAGCCCACCAUCAGCACAGGCCGGGCGGGGCUGUUUGGUGUUCAGAAGAGGACCACGGUGGAGGAUGACAAGGUGGAUGGAGAUUAUGGCCUGGUGAUCAACGGACACAGUCUGGCCUAUGCCCUGGAGAAGAGCCUGCAGAUGGAGCUCCUGAGGACGGCCUGCAUGUGUCAGGCGGUUAUCUGCUGCAGGGUGACCCCUAUGCAGAAGGCCCAGGUGGUGGAGCUGGUGAAGAAGUACAAGCAGGCCGUCACCCUGGCCAUCGGGGACGGGGCCAACGACGUCAGCAUGAUCAAAGCCGCCCACAUCGGCGUGGGCAUCAGCGGGCAGGAGGGCAUGCAGGCGGUGCUGUCCAGCGACUUCUCCUUCGCCCAGUUCCGCUACCUGCAGCGCCUCCUGCUGGUGCACGGGCGAUGGUCCUACCUGCGCAUGUGCAAGUUUCUCAGCUACUUCUUCUACAAGAACUUCACCUUCACCUUCGUCCACUUCUGGUACGGCUUCUUCUGCGGUUUCUCAGCCCAGACCGUGUAUGAUGAAUGGUUCAUCACCCUGUAUAACCUGGCGUACACAGCCCUGCCUAUCCUGGGAUUGAGCCUGUUUGACCAGGAUGUGAAUGACCGCUGGAGCAUGCAGUACCCCCAGCUCUACUCCCCCGGCCAGCUCAACCAGUACUUCAGCAAGAAGGCCUUUGUCCGCUGCGUGGCUCACAGCUGCUACAGCUCCAUGGUGCUCUUCUUCAUCCCCUACGCAGCCAUGUACGACACGGUCCGAGACGACGGCAAGGACAUCGUGGACUACCAGUCCUUUGCCCUGCUGGCUCAGACCUGCCUGCUCAUCGCCGUCAACUUCCAGAUCUGUCUCGAUAUCCACUACUGGACGGCUGUGAACCAGUUCUUCGUGUGGGGCAGUCUCUCCGUGUAUUUCGCCGUCACCUUCACCAUGUACAGCAAUGGCAUGUUCCUCAUCUUCACAUCCUCCUUCCCCUUCAUUGGGACGGCCAGGAACUCCCUCAACCAGCCCAACGUGUGGUUCACCAUCUUCCUCACCUCCAUCCUGUGUGUGCUUCCUGUUGUGGCCUACCGCUUCCUGGUUCUCCAGCUGUGGCCCACCAUCAACGAGAAGGUGAGGUACAAGGUGAGGCAGUCCAAGGCGAUGCCGGCUCCUCCCCCUCGCCGCAUCCCCACACGACGCAUCAGCACCCGUCGCUCUGGUUACGCCUUCUCCCAUGCUAAGGGCUACGGUGACCUGGUGACCUCUGGACGCUUCCUGCUGCGGAGGCCUCAGAAGAACCGGCCGGCACUGUUCGCCCAGACAGACUCCCCGCUGUCCCAGAACCAGCCUCAACUGUACCGCACCAUCACCGAGGAGCCCGAGGAGCCACAGAGCCCCUAGUGGCCGGGAGGGGAAGGACGAGGUGGACACUACACCUCUUCACCUGGACCAACAGUUCUGUUGAGAAACACUUGAGUUGGGUUCCUGGUGAUGCCAUGAGAUUCUAUGCCUGUGUUCUAACGCAGGAUGCCUAGACACAUCUGAGAUGAAUGCUUGAUAGCAGGUUUAUCCUGCUGAAGGAUGUUUAGGUAUUAGCAACUGUGAAAACGAUGAGCUGUGACCGUUUCAGUCAAGGAAUAGUUAAACAUUACAAUGAUUUGAUUUGUCGAUUUAUAAUAUGGGUUUUUACAAAUGCUAUCGCAAUGUUAGGAUUGACUAAUUGGGAAGCACACAACCGCUUUGAAGCGAUGUUUAGAAAUGUAUUACAUCAAUCAUUUGUAGCUCGAAUAAUUUGCUUCUUCCUCUGAUGUGUGUUGUGUCUGUUCGGUUCUCAGGGUGGAAUAAUUUGUCAGGAAAUGUGUCUAGUUUAUCAAUCAUUGUACACUUGAUUUGCACUAAUCCGUUUACAUCAUAAUUUGUAUUCCUAGAUUUUUCGCUAGUUUCAAAUAAUUCAUAAUUAUCAUUGCGUGUAUAAUUGUAUCAUUUUAUUUUGUUUUGAUCAGACGCAAAGUAAUUGUAGGUCAUGUACUGUUUUGAGGA